CCGGCGCGGCUGGUACCCGGCCCGCCGUGUGGGGAGUGUUUCCUGACGCUUCGCAGGCCGGGCUAACCAGGCAUGAAGAUCACGAGGCAGAAACACGCCAAGAAGCAUCUCGGCUUCUUCCGCAACAAUUUCGGGGUCCGGGAGCCGUACCAGAUUCUCCUGGAUGGCACCUUCUGUCAGGCGGCGCUGCGGGGCCGCAUCCAGCUGCGCGAGCAGCUGCCUCGCUACCUCAUGGGGCAGACACAGCUGUGCACCACCAGGUGUGUGUUAAAAGAGUUAGAAACAUUGGGGAAAGAAUUAUAUGGGGCAAAACUGAUUGCACAAAAAUGCCAGGUGCGAAACUGUCCCCAUUUCAAGAAUCCAGUCAGUGGAUCAGAAUGUCUGCUUUCCAUGGUUGAAGAAGGAAAUCCUCAUCAUUAUUUUAUGGCAACACAGGAUCAGAAUUUGUCUAUGAAAGUAAAGAAAAAGCCUGGCAUUCCUCUCAUGUUUAUUAUUCAGAACACUAUAGUCUUGGACAAACCUUCUCCUAAGACAAUUGCCUUUGUUAAAGCAGUAGAGUCAGGUCAGCUAGUCUCUGUGCAUGAGAAACAAAAUAUCAAGCAACUCAAAGAGGAGCAGGGGUUGGCAAAAAAUCCUGAACAGAGAAGAAGAAAAAAACACAAGAAAAUAAGUGGUCCCAAUCCUCUCAGCUGUUUGAAGAAAAAGAAGAAAGCUCAGGAUACAAAAUCAUCUGCCUCUGAGAAGAAAAGAAAAAGAAAAAGAAUCCGGAACAGACCUACUGCAGAAAUGUUUUCUGAAAAGCAAAAUGCAGAAGGAUAAUGAAUCCUCUGGAUUCUUUUAAAGACAUUCAAAUGUGAAAAGUAAAUUUCCUUUAAAAACUGUUGACAUAUUUACAAUAAAAGACUGUUUAUUUUUGUAAAUAAAUAUGCCUUUGCCUAAAAUUAUUUGUAUUUUUUAAAAAUGUAGGUGGAUUUAGGUUAUGACAGUGUUCACUUUAUUUUGGAGGUGGUUAUUCAGUGUAAAACUUGUCUCUUUCUGUCUCACCACUGACUCCAUUCCCUAACAUUAUAUGGAAAUAGUUAAAAAAGUCAGUCAAUGCCAAAAGGCUUGUCACAAUAAAGAAGUAUUCCAUUUUCACUUUCAGAGAAAACUUCUUUUAACUCAUCAAGAGAAUAUAGAAUUUCUCUUUCCAAAUAUAUGCUAUCUUUGGAUUCAUCCGACUGUUGAUUUACUUCCUAUUAGGAUGGAAAAUUUUCUUUUUCCCUCCUUUUCUAAUAGAAUUUCAAUCUUUUUACAUCCCAAAUUAAGUAUUUUCAUCAUAAACAUUGUUCACCACUGAAUCAAGUAGCAUGCUAUGAUACUUUACGUCUUAAACUACUUUGUUAUUCUGGAAAUUAAUACUGGCCUCAUUUUCUAUUUGCAUUUACUUGAUAUUGCAACAUUCUGUGGUAAGUCUAAGGGAUCUUUUAAGCUCUCAAAGGAUCUCAUAGGUCAUGUCUUUCCCCUGGAGGUCCUUCUGAACCUCAGACCCCCAAUGUGGGAAGGUUUGUCACUUCUGUUCCCGAGCUGCUGCUUUUACUGUAGUGGAGUGUUGAGCGUGUAGAAAGUACAUUUUUUGAGACUGCGUCUACUGUUAUUUUUUGCAUCUAUCUAUGAAGAUAAAGAAUUUUUUGUUGGUAAUCUUUUUCUCUG